GUGCAAGUUAGGUGGCCCCAUGAAAGCCUGUGUGCUGCUGCAGGAGCUGUUUGCUGCACCCAGGAAGGGCUGCAGGCUGGGGAGAGAGAAGGAACAAGGCAUGAAGAUGGCAGUGCUGCUGUCACAGGCUGUGCCCAGCAGCACCUCUGGCAGCAUGGAGACCCAGGAUAAGGAAACAUGCAUGGGGAUCAAUAAUCAAAGCUACAUAUGUGAAACAGGUCAUUGCUGUGGACAAUCUCAGUGCUGUAACUACUACUAUGAGCUAUGGUGGUUUUGGCUGGUCUGGACAAUAAUUAUAAUCCUGAGCUGCUGCUGUGUGUGCCAUCACCGCCGUGCCAAGCACCGCCUACAAGCGCAACAGAGGCAGCAUGAGAUUAACUUGAUUGCAUACCGCGAAGCACACAGUUACUCAUCGGUGCCGUUUUAUUUCCGAUUUUUGCCAAACUACUUGCUACCUCCUUAUGAAGAAGUGGUGAACCGACCACCAACACCACCCCCACCGUACACUGUCUUGCAUCAACAAUGUGUUAUUGCGUGUUCCAGCACAGUAGCCGCAGAGCCUUCACUUGGUGUCCAGCACAGUCAGCCCAGUUCUCCAGCAGCGUCAAGUGCAAGCAGAACAAGACCGUCCAGUGUUGUAGAUUGUGAGCCUGCAACAGCAUGUCUAGAACGAGCGUCAAACAAGAACAGUUUUGGCUCAGGUGACCCGGUCACUGGUGCCGAGUUAGAAGAGUUGGAAGAUCAAGUGUCCUUUCUAGAGAAAGAAUCCAAAGAACUUUUCAAAGACUAUAGCUCCGAAAGCUUAGAUCAGAAUGGCUUUUCUGAUGGUAUGGACAAAACUCCUGGACGACAUCGGAGGUUCACUGGAGAUUCUGGCAUUGAGGUUUGUGUUUGUAGUAGAGGUCACCAUGAUGACUUAAAAGAGCUUGACGGUUUAAUUGAUGAUGCGAUGGACAGCUUCUGUGACAGCUGUACUUCGUAUGAAGCCCAGCCUCGUAGAGAUGAAGAAGAAGGUAUUUUUGACCAGUCGGAGCGGUCAAGAGAUCCUGAGCACCAUCCUUUGCCACGUCAACCCAUAAGCUUGUUAAAUACCAUCAAUGAACAAGACUCUCCAAACUCUCACAGCAGCAACAGCUCCCGUGGCUAAAUUAAGCCCAAUAAUGCUAAACAAAGCCCAAUAAUGCUGAACAAAUAUUCAUUAAUGACUGUUCCACCUGUCUGUCUAAUUUUUUUUUUCAAUGUUAUGUACAUUUAAAGAAAACAAAAUAACGACUUGGGAAAUGCUCUACCAAAGCUGAAGGGAGCUGCUGCCAAUACGGUGUCCAAUGCUUCAAAUAAAGCCUUUACCCUUGGGCUUUUGGCAACCGUGAUUAUGGCGGUGGACUAGAAAGUCUAAAGGGAGAGUGGUAAUGACUUAAGAGCAAAGGAGGAGACUGCAGACUACUGCAUGACUAGAGUUUGUGGUCUGCAGAUUUCAGUUUUGUGAUGUGAGACAUUGUCAGUUUCUAGAGGCACUGGAUUUCUAUAUAUAGAUCUAGAUAUAUGGAGCCUUGUAUCUAGAUAUAUCUAUAUAUUUAAGUCGGUGUUGGCCAAACUGAGCCAACUCAAUGGGUGCACCUGUCGUUCAUAUUCUACAGAGCUCACUUAAGGGUUUGCUUGCUCUUAGGAACAGCUGACACGUAGGGAAAAAAAAGAAUACUUGUGUGUUAUUUACAAACCGUUGGCUGUGUUAACAGCUAACGUGUUUGUGGAAGAGCUCAGUGUAGGGACAGGAGCUCUUCUGGUUGUGAAUGUGGUAUGCUUAAUUGUAAACAACAUUAACAUUUAGUACAAAAAAAAAAAAAUCUUUUAAAAGUGGACAACCCCAAAUGGGAACAGACUCUUCAGUUUCAUUUAUUUUGCAAACUUUGUCAAUUUAAUUUACCCCCCUUGCUCGUACCAGAGCAGUCAUAAUGGGGCAUUUAAACGAGUCCCAACUUGCAGCUGGCCUGCUUGUACCAUUGUUCUCAAUUGGAAAAUUGCAAUUUAAUUAUUUUAUUUUUUUUCUGGACAAGCUUUUAAUCCAGAAUAAUAACCAUGAGAUUUUUAAUUUUUUUUUAUUUGUUUUUUGGUGGGCGGGGGGUUUCCAAUAAAAUAUUAAUGUGCCCCUUUAUGUCUUGUGCAAACAAGCUUCUACUUUCAUGGACUUUUUGUAAUCGAGAUCUUGAAACAUUUUGAGCAGUAUUUCUGUUUGUUUAUAGUUACAAUAUAAAAAAAAGUACUUCAAUGCAAUUUUUUUACACUGACCACUUGAAGAUAAAGAAAUAUAUAUAUCUCAAUAAAAGUGAAACUUGUGGUCAUAUGGUGAUCAUGCUUAUAUGAAUGCAUGCAUGUUAGAGUGUGUAUUUUGUAAGCUCACCGAAAUGUUACUUCCUGAUUGCAUUCAUUCGUUUUUGGGUUUUUAUGUUUUUUUGUUUGUUUUUUUUUUUUUUUUUAUGUGUUGAACAUUCCCUUAACUGAUGUGGGAAUUAUUUGUUUGUUGUAAAUUUCCAGAAAGUAUGUACAUUCUGUCAACCAAAAGUAGAAAUUUGGGAAACACGGUAAACAUUGAGAUUGGCUCAAGCAGAGUCACAUGUGGAAUGUUAGAAACUGUGCAACACGGAGUGCAUCAUGUAUAGAGCAAGGAUUGCUCUUUCCACAGGAAUUUUUUUCUGAAUAUUUUUUUUUCUUUUUUUAUACAACAAAUGUGCACUUCUGAUAUUUGCAACCGAAAUGUCUUUGUGGCAACUUUGAUCUUGACAAUUAUCUUGCACUGGAUUUUGUCAUUUGUUUGCUAAUUAAAACAAACCUUAAUUGCA